AUGGACCUCCUGCUUCUGAUGCUGCUGGUGUCCCAGCCUGUCUCUGGGAAACCGAGAAUGAAGUGUCCACUGAAUUUGGACAACCAGGAUGGAGGAAAGCCAUGGAGCUAUUAUAGGCCAGGAGAUUUUCUCAUUGGUAUCAUUGUUUCUGCAUCAGAAAUCGCUCAUACAACAUUACCUUUCAACGUGGCUCCUUCUAUUCAGAUGUGGGAGGGUCGUAUCCCCCAUCAAGCGCUGGUCUUCCCCAGAGCCUCCCGCAAGCAAGCGCUGAAGGGGAACGUGUGCGGCGGCGGCCCCUCCACUCCGUGCCUCGUACCCCCGGACUACCUCAUUGACCCCCAGAUUGCUGCAGGACUACGUGGAGAAGGGGUGAAGUUUUUAGGACACCUGACCUGGGUGAACACAUCCCUCAAUCCUUCGAGCCGGGAUGAAUUAUUGCAGCUUUUGGAUACCGCCAGGCAACUGAAGGAGCUGCCGUUGAAGACCACACCUGAGCAGGAGAGCAUCCUGAGCCUCUCUGCCCGCUGCCUUGCUCACUGGAGGGACAACGAGGAGCUCAUCCUCCGCAUCCCCACCCACGAAAUUGCCGCCGCUUCCUACCUGAGGGACGAUGCGCUGCAUCUGCUGGUGCUGAAGACAGGCCUGGGCGUUGACCCCGUCCCCGCAGGGGCCACCCUGGACCUUUAUCCGGGAAUCCCGCAGCCGGAGAAGAAAUACCCUGCAGGAGCCGAGAAGAGACCCCCGGACGCCCGGCAGUUGGGCUGCCCCAUGGAACGGCGCCACACCAUCUGCAGCCUGGACUGGAGGAUGUCUCGCGGGGGCUCCGAGGGUCGGGCCGGCGGCGGAGGGAGCCUGGAGCGCAAGCAGGCCACGGGCAGCUGGGAGAAGAGGCAGCGGACCAGCAGUGGCACCGGGAGAGCCUUCGGCAGCUGGGAGCUGCGGCACGGCAGCCAAGCCGGGGGCAGCUGGGAGCGCGGGAAAACCUACGGCAGCUGGGAACACCGGCAUACGGGCAACAACCCGCUGGACCCCAAGGACCCUUGCCCGGAUGCCUACUGCAACCUGGUCAUCUUGGCCGUGGCCAACCGAGAUACGGCUGAGGAGUCCUGUGCUCUCAUCUGCCAGGUUUUCCAGAUCAUUUACGGGGACCAAAGCAUCGAGUGUGUGGAUCGGGCCGGCUAUCACUACACCUCCACCCCGAAACGUCCUUGGCUGAGUAGCCGGAGUGAGAGCUGUCGGACCGAUGGGACGUACGGUUAUGACGCCGACUUCAGCUGCUGCAGCUCCUACGACGGCUCCCACGAGACCUUCGAGGCUUACUGCAGUGGCUCUUCCUCCCCUCUGCUUCACCAGUCGCGUCACAGCCUGGCCACGGCCUGCAGCGGGAGUGACCAGAGCAACAGCAGCUUGGAGCAACUGCAGGACUACAUGAUGACGGGAAGUCGGGGUUUCAGCUUGCGAAGCAAGCUGACCCCCCAGGAGAUCCAAGGAUUCGCCCUCCUGCUCCGCGAAUACCGGAUGGGCUUAGCGGUGGAGCGGUAUUGCACCAGACUCCUCAAUCUCUACGGGGAAAAGCGUAAAUUUCUCCUUUUGGGAAUGCGGCCCUUCAUCCCUGACCAGGACAUCGGGUACUUUGAGGGCUUCCUGGAGGGCAUCGGCAUCCGGGAAGGGGGCAUCCUGACUGACAGCUUCGGCCGCAUCAAGAAAAGCAUGAGCAGCACUUCUGCCUCGGCCGUCCGGAGCUACGACAGCUGGUCCCUGCACUCCGAGUCGGGGUCCUUCAACCGACGGAUCGCCAACAUCACCCACGACAUCGAAGCGCUGGCAGGGGGCGAGGAAGAGGAGGAGGAGGAGGAGGAGGCCGACCAUGGGAGCGACGAAGACAAUUAUCUCUAAAGGGGGCAGACUGGACUGGCCAGGACGGACGCAAGGCCCCUCCCCUUUGAUUGGUGGCAUCCAAUGGCCAUCCAGGCUUUAAGAUGGGCGGACCUAAACUCCCAGGAUUCCCCCAAUCAGCAUCCUUUAUGAUGGGUGGACUUCCACUCCCAGAAUUCCCCCAGCCGGCCUCUAGGAAUUCUGGGACUUGAAGUCCACCACCUCUUAAAGCAGCCAAUCUUUUAUAGGGAUUGUUCUCUCAUUUUUAAUUGCAAAGAGUUUUGAUUGCCUUCCGUUGGGCCGCCUUUUUAGGACGUCUUUUGUGCGUCUUUGAGUACACACAACCCCUCCCCGUGUGCAGUUGUGUGCAGUUGUCCUUCAUGGGCUGGUGGGUUUAUUGCAUCAGGAAGGGCUUGGCUGAAAGCGUUGGAAUGAUUUCAAAGGAAAUAAAUCCUGCAAAGCCUUG